AUGGUGAAAGUGUAUUACCGGCAUGUGAAUAUUAAUACCGGUGGAUCCCUGCCGGUAACAAUGUUAUAUAAUGGUUUUUAUUCUUAUAGACGGAGUAAAAAAUUCGAUUGGGAUACGAGUCCCUUAGCCGCAGACGUUGAAUGGAAACAAAUUGCAGAACCUGUGAUGAAAUUGUAUACAAAAGCAACUGAAGGAUCUUAUAUAGAGCCCAAGGAGAGUGCCUUGGUAUGGCACCAUCAAGAUGGUGAUCCUUAUUUUGGAUCUUGCCAGGCUAUGGAACUGUUAGAUCAUCUCGAAAAUGUCCUUGCAAAUGAACCUGUAGUUGUUAAGAGGGGACAGCAGAUAGUUGAAGUAAAGCCACAGGGAAUUACUAAAGGACUCGUUGCAGACAAAGUUCUUUCUACGAUGAUCAAUGAAGGGAAGCCAGUAGACUUUGUGAUGUGCAUUGGUGAUGAUAGAUCCGAUGAGGACAUGUUCGAAAGCAUAUCAAGCAUAGCUUCCAACUCAUCUCUCCCUGUAGUUCCCGAGGUAUUUGCCUGCACUGUUGGCCAAAAACAGUAA